GGCGGCCUGAUCGGCUUUCGUCGUUGUCGUUAUCUCAUGCUUCCCAUCUCUUACAUCAACACAUUUUACAGGAUAAAACAAAGCACUAUAUAGUAAAUGCAGUUUGGUAUUCUGUCCUCAGAUGGCUACUUGAAAUUAAUCAAAUAAAUUUAUUAAAAUUUAAUUGCAAUAUACUAACGAAAGCCACGGUUCGGAAACGUUUGCCUGUUCUGAAAUCGUCGUUUCAGUGAGAAGCUCACCACAAAUUUAAAAGCAAAAAUCUCUCUGAACGGAUUUCAUUGAUUAAUACCUGAAGUCACUUGCAAUGGAUUACCGCGUUCUAAACAAAAUCAAAAAAGAAAAUCAAAAGAAACCCGUACUUGUAAUCAAAGAUCGAAAAACUGUUCUAUCGGCUUUGGAUAUUCAAAAAUUGUUAGGUUUGACGAUUUUUCCUCAGCACUUUGUUAAAUGGCCCGAUUGGUGUUCAGUUAUCAAGCCUUCAAUGAUUAAGAAUAUUGUUCUAAUAUUUGUUGACAGAGUAGAUACUGUGAAAUCGAAUGAGAAAUACGGGAAACAGUUUGCUUCUAUAUUUGGGGUGCCAUUGAAAGUAUUGAAUCCAGAAGCUUACAAGUAUACGUGGGACAGAGAAAUUGCUACUGUUCCCAGAAGUUUCCUCACACCUCAUUCAGCGACUAUGGCAGACUUGAAGAAAUCAAUACUAACGCCAACUCCCCGUCGCACAUGGGUAGAUGAUGAAAAUGUUAUUAAUAAAAUGCGUAUCAUUAAAUCAAUUCAUGAAAUAACUAAAGAACAUUUACCUUCAGAGAAUGUUACUCUUAAUACUAACUCUACUAACGAACUAUUAGAAAAACCGAUUCGUAAAAGAAAAGCUGAUACACUUUUUCCAUUACCUGUACCAGGUACACCUGAUGCAUUCGAUAGAACUCUAUUGAUUUUAAAUCUGGAACAAAUGAAGAAAGAAAAAGUUCCAUUACCUAAUGAAUUAACAAUUGACCAACGUAAACACUUUAAAAACCGUGCAGAUUUUGUACCAAGUAAAUCUGUAUAUCUUCCUGUAUCAGCCAACAGUCCAAUGUUUGCAGUAGAUUGUGAAAUGGUUCUUACAUCCGCGGGAAGUGAAUUGGCUCGAGUGACUAUGGUUGAUGAGAAAGCAACAGUUAUGUUCGAUCGUUUAGUGAAACCACCAAAUCCUGUCAAAGACUACUUAACUAGAUUCAGUGGUAUCACUAGAGAAAUGCUUGCAUUGAUAGAUACUACACUGGCAGAUGUACAACGUGAACUAGCUGAAACAUUACCAGGAGAUGCUAUCCUAGUAGGUCAUUCAAUUGGAAAUGAUUUAGAAGCUAUGAAGGUUUUUCAUCCAUACGUAAUUGAUACAAGUGUCAUUUAUAAUAUGAAAGGCACUAGAGCGGCUAAAGCACGUCUUCGUUUUCUAUCAGAACAUUUUCUUGGACGAAUGAUUCAAACUGGGAAAGGAGGUCAUUCUUCCGCCGAAGAUGCAAUUGCUACAAUGGAUCUUGUACGGCUAAAAUUAAGUCAAAACAUUGGUUUUGGUGAUGUGACUACAUCUUGGCGUUUCCCGGAAGAUUAUCAAUUACCGAUAGAAACCAAGUCUCCUAGAUUUACUGCAUCAACUAGAAACAAUCAAAAUUCAAACAUCAAUGGUAGUUUAAAGCAAGGAACAACCGUCAUUCCUGUCAACAAUAAUACUCCUAACAACAAUCGUCAAAUUACUUCACUAACCUAUAAUGAUAUAUUAACAGAAUGUAAAUAUUUUGAAAUUCAUCCAGUUUUUCAAGAUCGUCUUUUAAAAUUAUCUUCAUUUUAUAAAACAUUGGGUAAACCAUUUCAUUUGUUCAAUCGUUUACUGCAUGAUUCCGGUGUAACCUAUGCUUAUUGGCCAGUAUGUCAAGAUUUAGGAGUAGAGGAACAACAACAAGAACCACAACAACAGGAACAGCAACAACAAAGUGAAAAACAAGACGAAGAAAAGGAACAAUUGACUAGCAAUUCUAAACACAGUGAUAUUUUCAUACCUAUAGAUUUUAAUUCAACUGAUGAUCGAAUGACUAAUAAUGAUCAUGCUACCACCACUAUCACCACUACUAGUACUACUACUAAUGGUGAUGGUGAUGAUGAUGGUGACGAUGAAUCUACAAAAACUGUAACAGUUGUAAAUAAAAUAUCGAAAAAAUUAUCAAAUUACAUUGUUGAUUUAUGUAAUUCACAUAGACUAGUAAUAAUACAGGCGAAUUGUUCACCUGAAUGGGAUAAAACUAAAUCCUACCAUAAAGUAUCUAAAUUCUGUACAAAGUUAUAUACAGAUUUAACAGAAAAUAGUUUAAUUGGUAUUAUUUGUACAGGUUCCAAUAUUCAAAAUUCAUUAUUGUCUACAAAGCCUACACCUAAAACUAUUUGGAAAUCAGCUAUAUGCAAUUUUUAUUUAACACUCAAAUCAAAUGUAGUGGUUGAAACAAGCACUGUUAAUAAUGGUUGUAAAUGAAAUUACUUGUUAGUAUUGGCUUUUGUCUUAUUAUACUGUGUGAAUUUUUAAUGUUGACAACUUCAGCUUUUGUUUGUAUCAUAGAAAUUUCCUUUGAAAUUAAAAAAAAUACACUACUCUUGUAUAGAUUUAUGCAUAUUUGCCAUGAUGAAUAUGUGAUUGCCUACUAUCAAAAAGGGAUUAGAUUAAUUUUCGUUUCCUUUUUUACUCUGUCAAGUCAAUGAUAUGAUUAUAAAAUUGUAUAAAAAUUGAUUAGAUAUUAAACGAAUAAACUGC